GUGCUUGUGGAAGAAGCUUUGUGCAUGACUCAUGUUGUGGAUGUGAUGGUCAGGAGCUGCUGAGAAGAGCUCGAAACACGGCGCUGAAGACCGAACGCAGAACAUCAUCAUGGUUCUGAAGGACCGCAUGAAGAUCCGCGAGCGCAACAAACCCGAGAUCUUCGAGCUGAUCCAGGAAGUGUUUGACGUUCCCAAAGCGAGCCACGGGACACAGAUGAAACAAAUCAAGCAGAGCGUUCUGGACGGGACGUCGAAGUGGUCGGCCAAAAUCAGCAUCACAUUGGAUUGUGCUCAGGGUCUGCAGGCGAAGGAUAAGACGGGUUCGAGUGACCCGUACGUCACGGUACAGGUGGGCAAAACCAAGAAGAGAACCAAGACCAUCUACGGCAAUCUCAAUCCCAUCUGGGACGAGAGCUUUCACUUGUGA